ACUUACGUAUGACACACAGAUAAGCGAACGGAAACUACUCUUCCUUGUCUUUCCUUUUCAAUCCAACUAAAAAAACACUCAAGAUUCCUUACCCUAAUAAUGAAAUAGAAAAAAAAAUCAACAACAAUAAUUUACAACACGCGGAAUGAAAGUUGCUUCAGCAUAAUUAAAGCCGAUAAUUAUUUUUUUCUCACUCUAUAUCUGUCUAAGAUAAAAGAGACAGAGAAAUUCCACCCAAAAAAUAAACAAAUAUAUUAACCUCAAGCACCCUAUAGGUGCAUAAAAACCCAUAUACUAGUAUAGUAUUCACCUUGAUUUCUUGUUAUUCAAUUUUUUUUUUCUCUAGCUGUAAUUGCAUAGAGACAUCCAUCUCUAUAGCUACAUGCAGCUAGGAGAGCCAAGUGUGCCGGAGAUCUCCUCCCCUAACACGGCGGUGACGGCGGAACCGCCGGAGGAAACGGCACAUGAAGGUGUCAACGGUGGUGAGAUGGUUGGGAUUGACGUUGAUGCAAAUUCUAGUGAAGAUAAGGGAAUAGAAGGAGGAGGAGAUGAAAGUAACAAGAUCAACUUUGGAGGAAACCGGUGGCCCCGCCAAGAAACUUUGGCUCUCUUGAAGAUAAGGUUAGAUAUGGAUGCAGUGUUUCGGGAUUCAAGUCUUAAAGCUCCACUUUGGGAAGAAGUUUCAAGGAAACUAGCAGAACUUGGAUAUCACCGAAGUGCAAAGAAGUGCAAGGAAAAAUUUGAGAACGUGUACAAGUACAACAAGAGAACCAAAGAGAACAAAAGUGGCAAAUCACAUGGAAAAACCUAUAAGUUUUUUGAUCAAUUACAAGCCCUUGAGAACCAAUUCACAGUCUCAUACACUCCAAAAUCACAAGCUAUUUUGACAACAACUCUCUCUAAUGUCACCACUACUUUUCCUUUCACAAACCCUACACUCAUUUCUCCUUCACCACCGACCAACGCUACCACCACCACCACCACAUCCAUGACCAACCCUCCAAACCCAUCACCACCACAAAACCACAGCAACCACAAUGUUCCACAUUCUUUUCCCAACAUGAACAACCUUUUCUCAACCACCACCUCCACGUCUUCCUCCACAGCAUCUGAUGAAGACUUGGAAGAGAGGUAUAAGAGAAAGAGAAAGUGGAAGGACUACUUCAAGAGGCUCACGAGGAAGGUCCUGCUCAAGCAAGAGGAAAUGCAAAAUAAGUUCUUGGAAGCCAUGGACAAAAGGGAGAGAGAUCGGUUGGCACAACAAGACAAUUGGAGAAUGCAAGAAAUAGCAAGAAUCAAUAGGGAUCAUGAGAUUCUUAUUCAAGAAAGAUCAACAGCUGCAGCCAAAGAUGCUGCAGUGAUCGCAUUGUUGCAAAAUUUGUCUGGCCAGCAAAAUCCCAUGCAACUAUUACCACCAUCAUUCGCACUGCCAUCAGUAUCACAAAUAGAGCCAUCACAACAGAAGGAAAUAAUUCCACAAACACAAUCACCGAUAUUAACGCCAAACAACAAUUUUGAAAUCAAGGGAGCGAAUAAUGGUCACAGUACUACUAGUACUAUUACUACUGCUUCUCUAGUAAGCUCUUCUUCUUCUAGGUGGCCAAAAGCUGAAGUUCAUGCUCUGAUAAGGUUAAGGACAACUCUUGAAAUCAAGUAUCAAGAAAAUGGACCGAAAGCUCCGUUGUGGGAAGAUAUAUCAAUCGGAAUGCAAAGGCUUGGGUACAACCGGAGUGCAAAGAGAUGCAAAGAGAAGUGGGAAAACAUUAACAAGUACUUCAAGAAAGUGAAGGAGAGUAACAAAGAAAGGCCUGAAGAUAGUAAAACGUGUCCUUAUUUUCAUGAGCUUGAUGCUUUAUACAAAGAAAAGAGCAAAUCCCAGAACCCCUUUGGCAUUUCAUUCCAGAAUGUGAUACCCAAUGAGAUGAUGAUGAUGGAGCCGUUGAUGGUGCAACCGGAGCAGCAAUGGAGGCCUCCACCUGAGUCGUUGGAAGAGGGUAUAGGGAAGGAGAAUGCAAAUGAGUGUCAAGAAAAAGAAGAAGAAGAUGGUGAUGAUGAUGCUGAAGAAUAUGGAGAUAGUGUGGAAGAUGAAGGUGCAAGCCUUUCUGAGAUUGCAACAAAUAAUUAAACAUGCUUCAGUGGACAACGUUGAACGACAAAAGAUAAGGAAUUUUCAGAGGGGAGAAAGAUCAAAACGUGUUUUGCUUAUUUUAAAGUAGUUGUUUUUUUUUUUUUUUUUUAAUUUAAAUUAUUAUUUAGUUCUUCAGAUAACAUAAGUGAAUUGGGUACAGUCUUUCAAUUUUAAUUUUCUUAUGGGAUUAUAAUAUGUUGCUGAAACAAAUUGUGAAAGCAGAUUGUUGUUAUUAAAGUCAUUGCAGAAACAUCUGCACCAGAAAAUUCAAUUCUUCAAUCAUGAUUCAUGACUUGUCUAAAAGCACGGGCAUUUAUAUUUCUGUGGCUUCACAUAACAUACCCUAUCUGAGAGACCUUUUCUGAGCAAUGGGUAUCAUAAAAGUUGAUGAUUGGGGUAGUGGGUCAGAUUUCGGCCGCCAUGGACUGGAUUCGGAGAUGUAACUCAAAAAAUAGCCACAUGGGCCAGCAAAGCAGCUAUAGUGGGAAGUGUACAAUAAUGUUUCAGUUUGAUAAAUAAAUUAUUUGUAAAAUGUAAAGGAUAAAGAUUAUUGUACAAUUUAAUUUUUCGAAUAGGAAGCGAAAAGAAGAUAGAAAUCGAAAGAAAAAGAAUAAGGAAGAAAAAUAGAAUAAGUAAUAUU